AUGGAUCGGUUUGUGGAGGAAAGGCCCGCUGACGGCUUCUGCAAGUCGUUGGAUUACGGGAUGCUCGUCAAGCGCUCGGAUGGAAUGUUAGAUUGCUACGUGAAUGUGCACGAGCUCGCGCGUUGGUUCAAGAUCAUCAUCGACUUUCCAGAGGCAUGGCGCCUACUCACCGUCCAAUGA